AUGAGUGUGCAUUUAAAAAUGAAACACAAAAUUUGUAUGGCAUCAGAUUUCUUCUACCCAAACAUGGGAGGUGUGGAAGAACACAUAUUCAAUUUGUCACAAUGUCUUUUAAUGAAAGGAUAUAAAGUUGUCGUCUUAACUCAUUCAUACCAAGACAGAGUUGGAGUACGUUAUAUGACAAAUGGAUUAAAAGUGUACUAUUUGCCAAUCAGACCAUUCUAUAACCAAUGUGUCUUACCGUCAAUGGUUUCUUCUUUACCAUUGAUUAGAUAUGUUUUAGUUCGAGAACAAAUAACUAUUAUACAUGGGCAUUCAGCAUUUUCAACUUUAGCUCAUGAAACAAUGAUGAUUGGUCGUUUACUUGGCAUCCAAACAGUAUUCACAGACCAUUCACUAUUUGGAUUUGCUGACACUUCAGCUAUUAUAACAAACAAAUUUUUAGAAAUGUCAUUAGCUGAUUGUAAUCACUGCAUUUGUGUAUCACAUAUUGGUAAGGAAAAUACAGUAUUACGAGCUCGCGUUAAUCAUCAUAGAGUUUCAGUCAUACCGAAUGCUGUUGAUACAACAGCAUUUGUUCCUAAGUUGGAAUUAAGAACAAAAAAUAAAAUAACGAUUGUCGUGGUUAGUCGUUUGGUUUAUAGAAAAGGUGUUGAUUUGUUAGCUCAAAUUAUUGCUGAUGUUUGCUUGAAAAAUCAAAAGGUUCAAUUUAUUAUUGGAGGUGAUGGUCCUAAACGUGAACUACUUGAAGACAUACGUAACAAUUUGAAUAUUGGUGAACAAGUAACAUUAUUAGGUAGCUUAGAGCAUUCACAAGUAUGCAACGUACUUAACCGCGGGCAUAUAUUUUUAAAUACAUCCUUAACAGAAGCAUAUUGUAUGGCUAUUGUUGAAGCUGCUUCUUGUGGAUUAAAGAUUGUUAGUACAAGAGUAGGUGGCAUACCUGAAGUAUUACCUCCAGAACUAAUAAUUUUAACUGAACCUAAUGUCCCAUCUAUACUCCAAGGAUUAUACAAAGCCAUAAACCAAGUAAAUAGCGAACUUGGAGUACCACCAAUUGAAUGUCAUCAAAGAGUACAAUCACUUUAUAACUGGAUGAAUAUUGCCAAAAGAACAGAGAUAGUGUAUAAUAUGGUUUCAUUAGAACCACCAAAAAGUUUAGGAAAACAAUUACGCAGCUACAUACCAACUGGAGUAUAUCCAUUUUUACUGGUAGUAUCAUUUAUGCACAUAUUGCUGAGACUCUUGGAUUGGUGGAUUCCACGUUCAGAAAUAGACCUGGCUAAGGAUUAUAAAAUCGAAGAUAGUCAAGUAAAUUCUAAUUCGCCAGUUUUUGAAAAUUAA